UGCAACUCCUUCAUCUAGCCCAGCAACAGCAACCGCAACCGAUGCAUCUUCUUUGCCAAGUGGAGGUGUGAGUGGAGUUGCUGCUGUAGGUUCUGGACCUUCUGGUUCUAGUGGCCACAAUGUUGAUGCUGCUGGUGCUAACCAUCCUGGUGGACAAAAAGGAGCAAAUACUGCAAAUGCCAUCGUUGUUGAAGGUGAUGAGGCGCCAAGUGGAGAUGAAGUUGAACCAGAUGGAAAGAGACAAAAGAGGUGCAUAUCUGGUGUGUGGAAGUACUUUACCAAAAAGAAGCUUGUCAUUGAGGAUAAUGGGAAGGUUUAUAUUCAGAAGUGGGCUUAUUGCAAUUAUCCAAUGUGCAAGCACAAGGCCAGAUGUGAGGGAAAUUAUGGGACAACAGGUUUCUGGACACGUCUGAGGGUAGCACACAGUGUACAGAAGGGCCAGCAGCAAUUAAAGGUGGAAAAAGACGGUGCACAAGAAAUCAAAGCUGUUGUAACAUACAGGUAUGAUGAAGAGGCCAGCUUGAGAAAGUUUUACUUGGCAAUAGUCAUGCAUGAGUAUCCAUUCAAUACAUCUGAGCACGAGUAUUUUGUUGAUUUCAUCAAAUCACUACGCCCUAGCUUUCCAAUCAAAUCUAGAGUUUCCAUUAGGAAAGAAAUUAUGAGCAUGUUCUUAGAGGAAAAGGAGAAGUUGUAUGCUUAUUUCAAAUUUGUCCCUUGUCGGCUCAGUGCCACCAUGGACAUGUGGACUUCAAAUCAGAACAAAUCAUACAU